AGACGCCAUUGCUUGGCCGGGACACGACCGUCGACCAGCCGCUCCGUGCGUCCGUCCGUCGUCCUCUACCUGCUGGCAAGGAAAGGCAGGCCCCGAUCCAAGGCCAUGGGGAAGCACGACCACCACCACCACCACCACCACCACCACGACGUGGAGGCGUGCUACCCGCCCGACGGGUACAUGAUCGAGAGCCCGGAGCUGCGCUGGGCCUUCAUCCGCAAGGUGUACGUCAUCGUCUCCAUCCAGAUGCUCGUCACCGUGGCCGUAGCCGCCGCCAUGAACGUCACCGACUGCGUCCGCAACUUCUUCCUCUCCCGCACCCCCGCCGCCCUCGUCGCCUUCAUCAUCAUCCUCAUCUCCCCCCUCCUCGUGAUGUUGCCGAUGGUCUACUUCCGGCAGAAGCACCCGGUGAACCUGGUGUUCCUGGGCAUCUUCACCGUGUGCGUCAGCCUGUCGGUGGGGCUGGGGUGCCUCACCAAGCACGGGCCCAUCAUCUUCGAGGCGGCGGGCAUGACGCUCGUCGUCGUGGUCUCGCUCACCGCCUACACCUUCUGGGCGGGCAGGCGCGGCCACGACUUCGAGUUCCUGGGGCCCUUCCUCUUCGCCGCCUGCGUCAUCCUCAUGCUCUACGCCAUCGUCAUCAUCCUCUUCCCCAUGGGCAAGACGGCCGUGCUCGUCUACGGCUGCAUAGCCGCGCUCAUCUUCUCCGCCUUCAUCAUCUACGACACCGACAACCUCAUCAAGCGCUACACCUACGACGAGUACGUCGCCGCCUCCAUCACCCUCUACCUCGACAUCAUCAACCUCUUCAGGGCCAUACUCAUGGCCCUCGAUGCCGCCGACUGAUUUUGAUCGGAGAAAACCAGCCAAACCUAACAUGCUGAUUCAUUCGCCUCUGCCUGCCUGGCACAUGUAUGUAUGCUAAACUAGAUACCGUAUGUAGAUUACCAUGGAUGUAAAGUUAUUACGUGCUCUCAACAUGAGUCAACUGUUAUCGGACAUCAACAGAAAUGUAGUAUUGCCAAUCCAAUCAACAUUUUUCGUCGCGACGAACAUAUGGAAUGAUCAUCGACAAGCCAAGGCAAGCGUCAUCAACACCAAACUCUCAAGGGAAAAGGGAUAUGGAUAUGAAUUUUCUCAGCAAGGAACAUUUGUUUCUUUUGUCAAACAAGCCCACACGCAGAAAUUGCAGCCUACAGGAGGCUAACUGGGCUCUUAAAUACCUCAUGUGUAAAAUAGGGGCACAAAGUUGCCAGCAUCAACCACAACAGUUAAAUGUUUACA